UCAACUGACAUGGACGGUGGAAAGGGAUGUCUUUCUAACAAGUUCUUCAAUUACAACCCGCGAGAUUAAUCACGUUUUUUUUGGCCUUUGCUUUUUUUUUGUUGAAAAAAUAAUUUAAUUCUAUUAUUGAUGUUUAAGGUUUCCAUCUGUCCUCGCACUUCCAUCAGGCGUGUUUCAGAAGUGAUGUUUGAUGAUGUUUGAGAUGAUAUAGUCAGAAACUCUGAACCAUUAUCAUUACACGUUACAACGCCUCGUCAAGAAGUAGCUUAUAAAAGGCCAUAAAAGGACAAACGAGGAAUUUGGAAGAAAACACAUGAAGUGAUUAGGCGACAUAGCUGAGGCAAACCGUCAGCUGUCAAUCAGCCUCUUACCGAGCAAGAAGCUCUUGGAGUUACUGCGGAAUAAAUCUUAGUAGUGUUCCUCAUGGAGAUGGGAAGUCGGACUCCGGUAAUGUUAGCGGUGUUGGUGAUGGUCCUGCUUGUUCCGGAGAGCUCAGAGGGCAGAAAGGCCCGCGGCGGCCGGACUCAGACUCGCCAGUCCCAGCGGGACCGGACGGAGACGACAGAGAGCUUCCCUCUGGACUUUACAGCCGUGCAGGACGGCAACGUGGACACGUUCAUGGAGCAGGUGAAGAACCUGGCUCAGUCUCUCUACCCGUGUUCGGCUCAAAAGCUGGAGGAUGAGAUGAAGCUACACUUUUUGGAGAACUCAUCAGUGACCUGCAACGACGGAACACCCGCCGGGUACUACAUGAAGGAGUCACGGGGAAGCCGAAGAUGGUUGCUGUUCCUGGAAGGGGGAUGGUACUGCUUCAACAAACAGAACUGUGACACCAGGUACGACACCAUGAGGAGGCUGAUGAGCUCUACCAGGUGGCCUCAGACACGCACAGGUACAGGGAUUCUGUCUCCUCAGCCAGAGGAAAAUCCACACUGGUGGAAUGCAAACACAGUAUUCAUCCCUUACUGCUCCAGUGACGUGUGGAGUGGAGCCUCACCAAAGACUGACCAAAACGACUAUGCAUUCAUGGGAUCCUUGAUCAUUCAGGAGGUUGUAAAGGAACUUCUGACAAAAGGGCUGGAUAAUGCAAAAGUCCUCCUGCUAGCUGGGAGCAGUGCUGGAGGCACAGGUGUUCUGCUGAACGUGGACCGUGUGGCUGAGCUCCUGAAGAGUCUGGGGCACAACUCGAUUCAGGUCCGAGGGCUUGCCGACUCGGGAUGGUUUUUGGACAACAAGCAGUACCGCUGCACAGACUGUGUGGACACCCUUGGCUGUGCCCCAACCGAGGCAAUCAAAAGGGGCAUCAGGUACUGGGGCAGUGUUGUACCUGAGCGCUGCAGACUGGCUCACACAGGAGAGGAAUGGAACUGCUUCUUUGGCUAUAAAGUCUACCCUACCCUGAAAAGUCCGGUGUUUGUGGUGCAGUGGCUGUUUGACGAGGCUCAGCUCACAGUUGAUAACAUUCACCUCACUGGGCAGCCGGUGCAGCAAGGACAGUGGCGUUAUAUCCAGAACCUGGGCAUUGAGCUCAGAAACACUCUUAAAGAUGUCCCGGCCAUGUUCGCACCUGCCUGUUUAUCACACGAGAUUAUCACGAGAAAUUACUGGAUGGACGUGCAUGUGAAGGGCACAUCUCUGCCUCGUGCACUGCAUUGCUGGGACCGGAGCCUCCAGAUCAGCCUCCGUAACAACAGUACUCAUCGCUCUAAUCCUCGCGCAUGCCCACUGCAUCUGAUUGACAGCUGCCCGUGGCCUCACUGCAACCCGACGUGCCCUACGAUCCGAGAUCAGAUGACCGGACAGGAAAUGAGCGUCAUCCAGUUCCUCACUCAUAUGGGCUUCGACGUGCAACGCAUGGCACAGCAGCAGGGCAUGGAGGCUAGCACGCUACUAGGCAUGCUCAAUAAUGGCAACUGAUCUGCAUGCACAGAAGCUGAAGGAAACGAUACACACACACACACACACACACACACACAAAGCAACUAAUGUAUUUGUUAAGCAGCAGCACAAUGGCAGUUUGAACUGAAGGGUUAGUUAUAUAUGAAAGAUAUUCGCAGUCCCUUUACAAGGAUGUGGAUAAGUUUUAAAGGAAGAUGCCUUAAGCAUCUCUAGAGUAUGUGUGAUUACCAGACAAAAUGGUACUGAGGGGGGAAAAAGUACAAAAAUAAACCCCGAAACUCAUUUAUAGCUGAAAUCUAAGGACAGUUGCUCACGGUAUCAAUAAAUGUCUGAAAUUGAAUCAAGAAUCUGAGUACAGAAAACUUCUUGUCUUGUAAUCACACACACUCUACAUUAUGAUUGAUUAUGAUCAGGAUGAGAAUGAUCUUUAUUCUUUUUCCUCUCUUUGUAUUUCUUUUCUGAGGAUAUACAGAGUCUGUUUUUUGUUUUUUUUAUAACCGAGGAUGCAAAAAUCCCCACUGAAACAUAUAUAAUAUAUAUUUGCAUAGCUAAAAAUGUUUAAUGAUAAUGGGACGGGUAACACUCCAGCUCUCCAGACCUCACUGUUUUGAAGCCAUGUGGAGGUAGUUUCACUGUAACGAUAAGCUUUUUUUGUCUUGUUUUGAUUUUUUUUAAUUACGCCCCACUGGUGCCUCAAGCAAACUGCAGCAAAGGGGGGUCAAGCUCAUGAACAGGGUUGUUUUAUUUUGGACGUUGACUCUUUUGAGUUCGGAUCAGGACCACUGCAGCAAUAACACGAGACGGACUGUUCACAAAACGAAGCCCUGUGGUGCUACGAGAACAUUUUGAUUAGGUUCAGUCAUUAGAAAUAGCACUUUUUUUUUUUUUGUUUUUAACAGUUUCACCAGCAGUCUCUCACAGAACUGUGUAUAGAAAUGACCUGGUUUCCUCAGGAUGAACUGGACUGUUAACUCCACCAGAGGAAGGAAGAGACUGGUCACACAGGAGGCACUGCUCACCCGACACGAGCUCAUGGGCAUUUUUUAAAAAAUUUUAUUUUAAGGAAACACGCAUGCUAUUUUUAAAGAACAAAGAAUCAGUCUUUAAAACUCUUGUCAUAUUUUGUAACGUUCCUAAAGAGAAGAUAAGCUUAAGUAACACUGAUGAAGUUAUCUAUUUAUUUUAUUUUGUGAAUCAUAUUUAUGAGUAACUGAGACGGAGAAGAGAUUCUUUGUAAAAUGUACAUACCUUUUCACUUUUUCUUUUGCCGUUUUGAUCGCAUGUCUUUGUAAUAAAUCUUCAAGGUACAUUAUAUAAUCAUGGCAAAAAUGUUUACCGGUUUCAAUGUUUUGUUUAAAAUGCCAAAUCGGAGGUACAAUGGGAAUCCUGCUAGGGAGGGCGCCAAUACUUUUUCACAGUGCUCUCUAGCAGCAGAUCCGAGCUGUAAUUUAAAUGAUAUAAACUUAGCAUUGUGCUUAUUCAGGAACAUUAUCGUUCACUGAUCUUGUAACUUAUUACAAGACCUUGGAGGAAGUCUAAUAAACAGCUUAAUAAAGCAUGGUGAAGAUUUUUUAAAGUAAAUGUUUAACAAUAAUGGAAGGAGUCUCCAGCGUCAGAGCUUUAUUACAUCUGGCAUGUUUUGCACAACAGGAAAAGUCUCCUAGACACAGGUGAUGGAUCAACUGCUACAAUGUACACUCACUGUCCACUUUAAUAGGAACACCUGCGUAUUUCUGCAGAUAUCCAUUAAGCCAUUCAAGUAGCAGCAGCAGUAUAAAAUCAUCAAUCGAUCAUAGAUCAAGAGCUUCACUUGCUGUUCACAUCAAGCAUCAGAAUGAGGCUGUGACUUUAACUGGGGCAUGGAUGCUGGUGCCAGAUAAGCUGGUUUGAGCAUUUUUCCAGUAAUAUCUACUUGCAGUUAAAAUGCUGUCACACUAAAAUGCUGGAAGGUAACGUUGAGCUUGAGGUAAGACUUUCUUAAAUGCAGACUUUAAAUUUAUUUAAAAUGCAGUAAUACACAACAAACCCCCCCCCCCCCCAUACUAUAAAAAAUUUACUUUACAAAUAUCUGAAACUAAAACUGAAAUAUCCCUUUGUGCAGUGGUUCUGUCCCUCUAUGUGUGAGUAGCAACCGUGUAUAACCUUUAUAUUUUAAAUACAUAUUAAAUUCAUCUUUUAGAAUAAGAUGACAUUACAUAAAUACUUCUUUUCACAGACUUGGUUAUAGUUAUAAAUGUUUUCUCAGUUUCCUGCUACAACAUUUUCCUAUCCUGGCUCUCUCUCUCUUUUUAUUUCAUUAUUUUUUUUUUUUGAAGCAGUUUUACUAGAAAUCUAUCUAGAAACCAUUUGUAGAAAAAGUGCAAGUUUCUGCAAGAUGAAACGGCUUGAAAUUGAACAUAUUAAAAAAAAAAGAUUCCUCUGAGGA